AAACCUGCAAGAUAUCCAAGGCCGAAUUCAGACAGCCUUUCUGCAGCUCCCUGAAAUCAAAUUGUUACCGUCUUGUUAUUUUAUUAUUUGUUCUGCAAUUCUGUAACCUUUAUUAAAUUCAGCUAAGUUAAAGUUUAAAAUUGGAUUCCACCAUGGGGAGUCUCUUUCGAAGCGAAGAAAUGACUUUAUGUCAAUUGUUUCUUCAAAGUGAAGCUGCCUAUGCUUGUGUGUCAGAACUUGGGGAACUUGGACUAGUUCAAUUUAGAGAUCUCAAUCCUGAAGUAAAUGCCUUCCAGCGUAAAUUCGUAAAUGAGGUGCGAAGAUGUGAUGAAAUGGAGAGGAAACUUAGGUACUUGGAGAAAGAAAUUAGAAAGGAUGGCAUCCCAAUGCUGGACACUGGUGAGAGUCCCGAGGCUCCUCAACCACGAGAGAUGAUCGAUCUCGAGGCCACUUUUGAGAAACUAGAGAACGAAUUGAGAGAAGUGAACCAGAAUGCCGAGGCACUGAAGAGAAACUAUCUGGAACUCACCGAGCUGAAACACAUCCUAAGGAAGACACAAGUCUUUUUCGAUGAGGCGGAUCACGGAGUCGGCUGCUCACAGAUGGCCGAGCCGGGCCGUGACGAGGAGUCAGUGCAGCUGCUCGGCGAAGAGGGUCUCCGCACCGGCGGACAAGCGCUCAAGUUGGGUUCAUGUUUUACAACAUCAUGGAAUGCACAUCACUUAUGCAUGGUCUUUUUCGCAUGGCCUGUCUUUUGAGAGUUUUUCAACUGUUUGAAUUUCAUGAAGUUCUGUUGCUGAUUGGGACCUGCUUGCGCAUUACACUUAUUUAAUAACAGGAGGGAGGAAUCAACUCUACCGAGUCUAUGACCAGGGCACUGAUCAGUGAUGACGUCAUCACUCGACAGAAUAAUGCUGGACCAGUGCAACUCGGAUUUGUGGCAGGCGUUAUCCUGCGCGAACGUAUUCCUGCUUUUGAACGAAUGUUGUGGCGUGCUUGCCGCGGUAACGUGUUCUUACGUCAGUCAGAAAUUGAGAAUCCAUUAGAAGAUCCUACCACUGGAGACCAAGUGCUGAAAUCGGUCUUCAUAAUUUUCUUCCAAGGUGACCAGCUGAAAACUAGGGUACGCAAAAUAUGCGAAGGCUUCAGGGCCACCCUGUACCCUUGCCCGGAGGCCCCAGCUGAUCGCAGAGAGAUGGCCAUGGGUGUUAUGACCAGAAUUGAGGACCUCAAUACGGUUCUUGGUCAAACGCAAGACCAUCGUCACCGUGUGCUGGUGGCUGCGGCCAAGAAUAUCAAGAACUGGUUCGUGAAGGUGCUGAAGAUCAAGGCGAUCUACCACACACUCAACCUGUUCAACCUGGACGUCACGCAGAAGUGUCUCAUUGCAGAGUGCUGGGUGCCUGUGCUCGACAUCGAGAUGAUUCAACUGGCCCUGCGACGUGGCACAGAGCGCAGCGGCAGUUCGGUGCCUCCGAUCCUGAACAGGAUGGACACGCUGGAGGACCCCCCCACCUACAACCGCACCAACAAGUUCACCAGCGCCUUCCAGCACCUCAUCGACGCCUAUGGCGUCGCCACCUAUCGCGAGGUCAAUCCAACUCCGUACACCAUCAUCACGUUUCCAUUUUUGUUUGCCAUAAUGUUUGGUGAUCUCGGCCAUGGAGCUUUGAUGGCCUUAUUCGCAGCCUGGAUGGUGUUGCAAGAGAAGCGUCUAGCUGCCAAAAAAUCUGACAAUGAAAUUUGGAACAUCUUCUUCGGCGGCCGAUACAUAAUCCUGCUGAUGGGUGUGUUCUCGAUGUACACGGGCCUCAUCUAUAAUGACAUCUUCUCCAAGUCAUUGAACCUGUUCUCGUCGCACUGGGAGGUGAGCCACAACUACACGCACAAGACUGUUAUGAGCCAGAACUUCAUCACACUGAGCCCUCGCGAUGAGUACACGCAGACGCCCUACCCGAUCGGGCUCGAUCCUGUCUGGCAGUUGGCCAACAACAAAAUCGUCUUUCUCAACACCUACAAGAUGAAGAUAUCCAUCAUAUUCGGCAUCUGUCACAUGUUGUUCGGCGUAUCGCUCAGUGUAUGGAAUUAUUCGUACUUCAAGAAGCCGAUGAACCUGUACACAGACUUCCUGCCGCAGAUCAUCUUCCUGACAUUCCUGUUCCUGUACAUGGUGCUGUUGAUGUUCAUCAAGUGGAUCAUGUACAGCUGGACUAAUGAGUUCGAGCGUAGUGGCGCAUGUGCACCUGCUAUCCUCAUCACUUUCAUCAAUAUGGUGCUAAUGAAAGGUCCCGAUGACAAGAAAGAUGGUUGCAGUCCGUGGAUGUUCCCAGGCCAGGCUGCGCUGCAACCGUUUCUGGUGUUCUGCGCAUUCUGCUGCGUGCCCUGGAUGUUGUUCGCCAAACCAGUCAUGGUGAUGCGCGCUGCCAACAAACAGCAUCAGUUGUUGAACAACCACCACGGCACCGGCGAGAAUGGCGACAUCGAGGGCAACAACAUCCAGACACAACAACAGCAGCAGCAGCAACAUCAUGGCAAAGACGAGGAGCAUGAUCUGACCGAGAUGUUCAUCCACCAGGGCAUUCACACCAUUGAGUAUGUGCUCGGCUCUGUCAGCCACACCGCUUCCUAUCUUCGUCUGUGGGCUCUCUCUCUUGCUCAUGCUCAACUGUCAGAGGUGCUGUGGUCGAUGGUGCUGCAGAUCGGUUUGAAGUCGAAGAGUGCAGCUGGCGGCCUGGUGCUGUGGGCCAUCUUCGCCAUCUGGGCUGUCCUCACGGUCGGCAUCCUCGUGCUCAUGGAAGGCCUGUCCGCCUUCCUGCACACCCUGCGUCUGCACUGGGUCGAGUUCCAGUCCAAGUUCUACGGUGGCCAGGGCUACCACUUUGCGCCAUUCUCCUUUGAAACCAUCUUGGAUCAGGCUGCUCAUGCCGCUGACGAGUAAUUCUUCCCCAUCUAUACACAGGCCAACAAUUUAAAUAUACAGUGUGUCAAAUUGAAGUAAUAGAAAACUUGAAAUUAACUAGUUGAAUGAGAUAUUGCAGUUGUUUGUAGAGCUGCACAGGUCAACAAUUUGAAUAUAGUGUGUCUAACUGAAGUCAUAUAAAACUAAAUUAAUUUGUUGAAUGAAAAUAUUGAAUUUGUUUGUAGAGCUGCACAGAACAAUUUGAAUAUGCAGUGUUUCAAACUGAAGUACCGUAAUAUAAAACUCGAAAUUAACUAGUUGAAUGAUAUAUUGGAUUUGUUUGUAGAGCUUCACAGGCCAACAAUUGGAAUAUACAUUGUGUCAAACUGAAGUAAUAUAAACUCGAAAUAAAGUUGUUAAAUGAGAUGUUGCAUUUGUUUGUAGAGCUGCAUAGGUCUAUGAUUUGAAUAUACAGUGUGUAAAACUGAAGUAAUUUAAACUAGAAAUUAACUUGUCACUUGGAACCUUUCAGAUAGUUCCACAAUGUUCAAUCAAAAUCACACAGCUCGAUAUUAUUUUAUUUGACCGUUUAACCGCAAUUGCAGGCUCAUUAUUUUACUCUAUUUAGUUUGAAUUAACUAAAGUUAACCACUUUCAUUAACUUUAAACACUGAGAUCCCCUAUUUUAUUUUUUUAACCACACUCUUAUUCAAAAUGUUAUACGGUAUCUAUUUUCGCUUAAAAACCUUCAGUUCGUUAUGUAACUAGAACACAUACAAAACCUUUUAUUUCCGAUUAUUCAGUGUUUUAACGCUUUUUGCAACAAGGCAAUUUGUGCAGAUAUCAAUCACGUCAACUUGAAAGAAACAUUUUUAAGAAAACAUUUCCUCUGUAUUGCUGAUUAUGAAAUUGAAACCAUGAGCCAGCUGUUCUAAAAAUUUUAGAACUAUUUAUUUUCAAAUGUGAAUAAAAAAUAAAUAUUAGUUUGGAGAUCGUAUCCCAGUCUCAUGACAAUUAAUUAAUUUUGAAAUACUGUACUACCAGUCUAGCUGACCUGAGGCACAAUAAAGAAAUAUGAAUCAGAUUGAGAGAUGGAAAAACGUGUAUAUUUAUAAAAAAAAUGUAGCCUUGUACUGUCGACGUAUUCCCUAAGCGUACUGUAUAUUUAUAUUGUUAGUCAAACAAUGUUUUCGGCAAAUAUUCAUACCUAUCAAUUAUAUUAUACAUGGUUUCCAUGGUUGAAAAACUGUUAUCUCUCUAAAAAUUGUUCUCGCUUAAAUUUAUUUCAUCCAAAAUAAUAUAUAUUUUUUUAAAACCUACUAGAUUUUUAAGCAUCAUUCCAUGAGAAAUAUUCGAUCUGUGAUUGUUUUAUACUAAUGGAAAUUAUUUAUUUCAUGCGUAAAAUGUCAUUUAGGCCUACAAUAUUUUGUAUCAUCGUGUGUCAUUCCAUCUGAAUGUUUCCUGUUGGAGAAAUUAUGUGCGUCUAUAAUAUUUCUCUCAUAUUAACACGAUCUAUCCAUUACAGUUAUUUUAUAUUCUUACUAUUAAAUAUUAUAAUAUUCAAUUCUCUUUUUCCAAGUAAGAGCAGCAUUUUGUUGGCUCUUCCUUCCCUUUUUAUCCUCAUAUUGCCUGUUUUCUUGCCUUUUCUAAUUUUUAUCACGACUCAUAUAACUUUUAUUUUCUAUUAAUAUUUAUAUAAUGUUCUUUUAAUAAGAUAUAAGUCCUCAUAAUAAUGUUUGCAUAAUGUGUUAUAGUUGAACAAGUCAUUGAAAUUGUCGUGCAUGUUAUAAUAAAACGUAUGAUAACAGCUUAUCCCUUGCUUGAGAAAUGCAUAAAUCUAUUAUAAUGCAGAGUCUUAACGUUUACUCUACAAUGUCUUUCAAUUUUGAACGAGAUUGUCUUUGAAGUCACCCGGGUGGGGUGUUGAUGUUAAUGGUAAUAUUUAGAGUACACUAAUGAACCUUCAAGUUGUUUACCACUUGAGGUAUAGAAUAGAGGUAACAUUGCCUAAUCUCGUUUUACAAGAUAGCGAACGUAUUUCUUGCAGUGUGUAGUUUAGCCUUGUAAUGCUUUACAAUUUAAUUACUGUAGAGAUACUACACAUAGUACUUUAGAUUUCAAAUUCCAAAAUAUCAGAGUAAUGACAAAAUAUAUUAAUCUCGUAGUGAUAGUAUCGGCAUAAUCGUUGUACAAAUUUCAAUAACUAUCAAUGAUAACAAUAUUCAUAAAAUUAGAUAUUGUUUUAUAACAAUAUACUGUUGCUGUUGAAAAGUUUAGCUGACUAGCGAUUUGUUGUUGUUCUUCGAUUAUUGUUGAAGAAAAUUAUUGUUGAUAUAUAUCCUCAUAAUUUUGGAUGUGAAUAUAAGUGACGUCUAUUGCCGUACCCUUUGUUAUGUAUUAUAUUCUCAUAUAUUCCUACAAGAAUUAUUGCCUAUGAACUUUUCCAUAUGUUUGGCAUCACUGAUUUGACUCAAAUUUGAUUUGCAUGCCAUGUAUAAACCAUUUGUGGGCUUUCUUGGUGAUUUAUGUGAUAUUGAAUGUAAAUUCAACUAUCUGCGAUGUCUAUAAAAUUCCUCAUGUAAAUUACAAUAAUUAUUGAAACAUGUCAUCAGCUGGUACGCAAUUUCCAUUAAUCCAGAUUUUAGUAGUUGUCUAUUCAGUAUAAUUAUAUUGAAAUUCCAGUAUCGUCCCAAAAUGACAUUUUAUUUACUCGAUAAACAGAGAAGCUAUGUAUGAAUAUAAUUGUUUUAUUUCAUGUAGUGAUUUUUUAUUUUGUAAUAUAUAUUGUAGAAGUGAUGUUCCACUUGAAUAAAAGUAGCACAGAUUGAAUAAAUGGUUA